AUGGCGAGUCCCGCCAGUCCCGUGAGCCCAUCGGCAACACCGGCUUCGAACGCCGCCCCGGCCACACCUCCUGCUACUCCCAUGAACAUUGUCAUCGUGGGCGGCGGCAUCGUGGGCACCUGCCUCGCAUACUUCAUCUCCAUCUCCCCAGCACGGCCCAAGGGUUCCACCAUCACCCUCAUCGAGGGCACCAGCGUCGCUGCGGCCGCUUCCGGCAAUGCAGGCGGCUUUCUCGCGCGCGAUUGGCAUGGUCCGGCCACAGCCAGUCUGUCGGCCAUGUCCUUUGACCUCCAUCGCAAGCUGGCCGAGCAGUUCAACGGCUCGAAGAACUGGGGUUACCGCACUGUCGACACUUUGUCUGUGACGAUUGACGAGUCGUGUCCUCCUCCCAAGGAAUCACGGAUUGCGGUCCCAUGGCUCUCGCGCGAGGCCGUGUCGGCCUCGUCUUCGCUUGGAACACACAAGACAACCGCUCAGGUGCACCCUCGUCUGUUCACGCGUUUCCUCGCCGAGCGCUUCCUGCGCGAACCGGGCACCACCCUUGUCUUGGGCACUGCGCGUGCGCUCGCCCUCGACGACGGACACCCGACCUCUAUCAUGGUCGACCUCAAGGAGGGCGGCGAGAGGAUCAUUGACUGCGACACGAUCGCGCUCACUGCUGGGCCAUGGCUCGGCAAGCUCUCAUCCGAGCUGCUGCCAUCCUCGUCUGCGCGCGGCCUCGCCGUCUCGGGACAGAUGGCCCACACACUCCUCAUCCGCACAACAGAGCCCACUACCCCUCACUGUCUCUUUGUCGACCUCACCCUGACCGAUGGCUCCGUGUCGGAGCCGGAAGUCUACCCGCGUCCAGACGGCACCACUGUCAUCUGCGGUGCAUCGUCCGAUGAACCUCUCCCGGCAUCUGCCGCAGAGGUGGCCGCCAUCCCAGAAAUGGUCGAAAAGCUCAAGGUGCAAGCCACGGCCAUUGCGCCGGUGCUCGGCGCCGACCGCGGCGCCGUCGUCGAGACCACCACGGCGUGCUUCCUCCCCAUCCCGGACCGCGGCCGGCCCAUCAUCGGCAAGGUGCCCGGCGUGGACGGCGUCUAUGUCGGCGGCGGCCUGAGUUGCUGGGGCAUCACGCAGGGCCCCGGCGUCGGCCUCGUCCUCUCCGAGCUCAUCCUCGAGGGCAAGGUCGUCACUGCCGACGUGUCCAAGCUUGCGCCUUAG